UAAUCUGUGAACACAAUAUGUGAUGGCGGUGCUUGGGGAAUAUACGCCAACAUUAUUGUAAAAUCUACGAAAUCGUAUUUAUUUAUUAUUUUGGAACUUAUUUAAACAAUUAUUUUACAAUUUUUGUGUAUGAAUUAUGUUAUGUAAACUGUACAAAGUGAAACUGGUUCAUGAAUAAACAGUGGCAAGUGAGUUUGGUUGGCGCUAUAUUAUUUUGUGAAUCUCAAUACAAAAAUAUGUGUAAAAACUUAUAGGAAGCUUAUUGGUGUAAAUAUCUGCUAUUUUAAUAAGCAUUGUCGACCACCCGCUACAAUUAUUAGUAAGUUUUAGUUUUUAAAACUUGUUUACAUUAUUGUGCCGCCAAAAUGAACGAAGUACGUGAAAAAGUUGUUGCCGGAUCUUCUUCUUGGGAGUCUCCGGCGCCUCACAGCGACUCGUCGCCAGAGCCGGCGUCGUCGCCGGGCGCGGGCGCGGAGCCGCCGCUGACGCCGGGCGCGCCCGCGCCGCUCGCGCCGCACCUGGCGCAGGAGCUGCACGCCGACCUGCUGCAGCAGGGCUGGCGCAAGUACUGGUCCAAGCGAGAGAACAGACCCUACUUCUGGAACAAGCUGUCAGGAGAGUCUAUGUGGGAACUGCCAGCUGUUAAAAGAGACUUUGAUCCUAUCACCGAUCCUCUUGGAAUUUGUCACACUGGCCCGCCAAAUCAAGGGAAUAUGACCCCUGGGACCAGCAAAAGAAGACCCUCUGAGGACAAUGGCCCUCCAGCCAAGAAGUUUGUGUUGGCAGGCCCAUGGGACAUUGAAGUGCCUACUAAUGUUGUAAUAUAUGAAAGGCCUCCGACCAUCUGUCCUCACCCUCAUCCAGAAAUAGAAGGAUUCCGAUUCAAUUUGGCAAAUAAACUUCGACAGUGCUAUCAAGAGCUGUGCCACACUAGAGAAGGCAUUGAUGCACCUAAAGAUUCCUUUAAUCGUUGGUUAAUGGAGAGAAAAGUUAAUGAUCAAGGGGGUUCAGAUCCACUUUUACCAAGUCAUUGUUUUCCAGAAAUAUCUCGGUCUAUGUAUGAAGAAAUUAUGAAUGACAUACCUAUUAAAUUAACACAUCCUAAAUUUACUGGUGAUGCCAGAAAACAACUGUCUCGCUAUGCUGAAGCUGCAAAGAAAAUGAUAGAGUCAAGAAAUGCUUCACCGGAAAGUAGGAAAGUGGUGAAAUGGAAUGCAGAAGAUACAUUUCAAUGGUUAAGAAGAACUGUUGGGGCAACAUAUGAUGACUUCCAAGACCGACUUGCACAUUUGAGGAGACAAUGUCAACCACACUUAGCAGAGACAGUGAAAGCAUCAGUGGAGGGAAUAUGUUUGAAGAUUUAUCAUUUGUCUGCUGAGUAUGCACGUAAAAUAAGAGAAAAACACAGUGCACUGUUGAAGGAAAAUGGAAUACAGGAGCUAGCGGCGCCCCUGCAGCAAGCGGCGCUCCGUAAGGUGUGGUGCUACCCGGUGCAGUGCGCGCUGCCGGCGCCGCGCCCGCCGCUAGUUGAACACUUCCUGGACAGAGACCAGGCCUGUGUGCGCUAUCUGGGCGAGAACCAAGUGUUGAAUGCUACGUAUCUGCAGAAAUUGGAAUGCCUAUACCGCUACAGCUGCUUCGACGACAAGAAGUUCGAGCAGUUUCUGUCGCGCGUGUGGUGCCUGCUGCGGCGCUACGCGGCGUGGGUGGGCGCCGGCGGCGACGCGCAUCUCACGCAGAUGGCGCUGCCGGUGCCCGUGCUGGAGUGCCUACACAGAUGUUUCGGUGUGACGUUCGAGUGCUUCGCGAGCCCGCUGGACUGCUACUUCCGCCAGUACUGCUCUGCGUUCGCCGACACCGACUCCUAUUUCGGUUCUAGAGGACCAUUCCUCGAGCUCCGUCCCGUGUCGGGCUCGAUGGUGGCUCACCCCCCGUACUGCGAGCAGCUACUGGAGGCGGCGCUGAGACACAUGGAGCGGCUGCUGCAGGACUCGGCCGAGCCGCUCAGCUUCGUGGUGCUGCUGCCCGAGUGGCCCGACCGCCCCGCGCACGCGCUGCACAAACUGCAGGCUAGCCAUUUUAAGAGGAAACAGGUGGUGAUACCGGCGUUUGAACACGAGUACCGCCAUGGCUUCCAACACGUCAUGCAGAAAAACGAGGUGUACUUCCGAUGGGGCGGCGGCACGGUGGUGGUGUGGCUGCAGAACGCGGCGGGGUUCGCGCGCUGGGGGCCCACCGAGGAGCGAGUGGAGGCGCUGCUGGACGCGUGGCGCCCGCGCAGCAAGCGCGCCACGCCGCCGCCCGACGACGCCGCGCCGCCCGCCGCGCCCGCUAGUAGGUAGGCCACAGCCGUGCCGGAUGACAGCGUUGUGGCCUGAGGGACGCUGGCACCACUCUUAUUCCGCGGCCGCACAGGUAGGCGGGCUUUGAGCUUAGCAUGUAACCUAGCGAGUAGCUAAGUAAAACGUACAUUUGAGAAUCUUCGCGGCCGGCCGCACUGCGAGCUUGACGCCCAGCUAGUCGCGUAACAUGUAUCAGCGCGACCAUAGACUAAUAUUAGUCUAUGGCACGACGGCUCUCAAAAUGAUCGUUUCACUUAGCUACUUUCUAGGUAACACGCUAGUAUAGUCGGGCCCCGCUAGGACUUCUGAAAUAACAAGUGAAGUACGAGAACACUGCAUGACUGUCCGCACAGCUAAUGUGGUAAACGAGAGCGUCGGUUGUGGGAAUGAAUGAAGUGUAGCCACAAUCAUGGCUAUGAAUAGAUAUGUAAUGAUAGGCUUCUAAAUUGUCGCUAAGUAACUAAGCUUUUUAUGCCACUAAUUACUUAUCGACAAUUUUAAUGUAGGUAGAUAUUUAAUGUAGAACUUGUGAAACCCAAUAAAAGGAGCGAUGUAGAACUUCAGUUAGACAUUUUUGUAUAGAUUUACGUUUAUUUACUACGGGUGUUUUAGUAAGGGAAGGUUCUAGCUUAUAGUCGGUGCCGAUAAUACAAUGAUCGCAAUACGCGAAUAUU